AAACAGUGCUCUAUUGUACUCUCUCAGUGAAUAGGCGCGACUCUCGUAGCAACGAAGAAAUCGACCAUGUCGGAAGUUCCACCCACUCGCAUGAAUCAGCAGAUCUUUAAAGCUAAGAAAAAGGCUGCGGAAGGAGGACACAAAUUGCUUAAGAAGAAGGCGGACGCUUUAAAGGUCAAAUUCCGGGACUAUGCGAAAAGUAUUGCGGAAACAAAGUCCAGUAUGGCUACGGAUGCUGCGUCUGCUUUUUUCAGCAUGACGCAGGCCGAGUACGCUGCCGGUAACUUUAAGCGCAAGGUGGCCGAGGGCGGCAUGACGGCGCGUGUCCGCGUCGGUGCUGGUGUCGACAAUGUUGCAGGUGUCAAGCUACCAGUCUUUACUAAGUACGAAACGGGUGCGACCGCUGAAAAUCAGUCCCUAGGUCUUGUCGGCGGGGGAAAGAAAAUUUUGGCAGUCCGUGAAAAGUUCACGGUUGUACUUGAAAUGCUUAUCAAGUUGGCGUCUCUCCAAACGUCAUUUCAGACGCUGGAUGAAGCGUUGAAAGUUACGAAUCGUCGUGUCAACGCCCUUGAGAAUGUGACAAUUCCCAGGAUUGAAGGUGUUCUCGACUACAUCUCUCGUGAAUUGGACGAAUUGGAACGUGAGGACUUUACACGUCUAAAGCUGGUACAGGGUAAGAAACAAGAGGAAGCGAAGGAGGAGGAAAAAGCCAAGGCCAUAGCAGCAAAGUUGGCGGCAGAAAGCGGCAAACCUGUCCUUGCGCGUGGGAAGGAAAACGACGAGGACAUUACAGCGCAAUACGAUGCCGAUGACGACGCUGAUGUCGUGUUUUAGAGCAUCUCAUUUUAUUUGUAUGAAGCAAUCGGCACUGUUCAACUUAAUCAUAGCAUCUUUCGGUUUUGUUC